UUGAGCUUUCUCUCUCUAUCUCUGUCUUUCUCUCUCUUCCCCAUUUUCUCCUCUCUCACACUCACCUCUCGAGGAGGAGAAAACCUCUGCAGAAGCUUCACUCCCGCAGCGAAUUGCAUUGGAAUCAUGGAGUAAUCGUCGCUUUUCUGCACAUAAUCGGUUCAGAUCUCGCCAAUUCCCCUCAGUUGAAGAGAGAAGCUCAAGGAGAAGAGUGAUGGAGCCACAUUCGUUAAAAGUUACAAUCAAGUUGAAAAGUGAUAAACCUUUGAACAACUCUUUGGCAACUGAUGAUCACCUGAGUGAUGUGGGUGAGAAGUCCAGAGCCCUAAAUAGUUGUCAUCCAGGCAGUCUGGCUGCCAAUUCUCAAGAUCCAGUUGAUUUUGGUUCUGCGGGAGGGUUAGAAAAUCAAACCAGGAAAGAUGAAGAAAACCCAUCUGAUAUUUCUCAGUACCAAUUGGUGCUUUAUAACCCUAGUACUAAUGGAUCCGGUGAAGCUGAGGUCGCAGGUCCGAUUAAUGCUCGACCUAUAUCCUCUCAUAGACAACAUCAGAGAACUCUAUCUGUGGGAGCUUUCACUGUUCAAUGUGCCAACUGCUUCCAAUGGAGGUUCAUUCCGACAAAGGAGAAGUAUGAAGAAAUACGAGAGCAUAUUAUGAAACUUCCUUUCGUCUGUGAAGUAGCUAGGGAAUGGCGACCUGACAUAUCAUGUGAAGAUCCACCUGAUCUAGUGCAGGAUAAGAGUAGGCUUUGGGCAAUUGAUAAACCUAGUAUUGCUCGAACCCCUUAUGGUUGGGACCGGCUUCUCAGAUUCAGAGGUGAAGGAAGCAGCAAGUUUGCAGAUGUGUAUUAUGUUUCACCAUCAGGCAAGAGAUUUCGUUCAAUGGUGGAAAUUCAGAGGUACCUUGAAGAGAAUCCGGUGUACAAAGAGCAAGGUGUUAGCUUGUCACAAUUUUCCUUUCAGAUACCUAGACCUUUGCAUGAAAACUAUCUUCGGAAGCGUUCUAAACCUACAAGUGAUGCUGGAGAUCUUGGGAUGUCAAGAUUUCCUUAUCCUUCAGAAGAUCUGCCCAUGCCAUGGUAUGCAGACACAGACUUCCAGCUCACUAGACCCGGCCCAUCGACUGACUAUACAGAGUCACCUGAUCUGAAGUCGGAAACUCAAACAGCAAAGAAGCAAAAAACGGUGUCCAAAAAGAGUGUGAAUGGUGAUUUAUUUCGUAGCCCGACAUAUUUCAAUCUGGAAGAGCCCAAACAGCUUUGAACAGACUCACUCGUGAUGAAGUGCUAAGGUAUGCAAGUUCUAGUGGUUUCUGGGAAGAGAUGUCUGGUUUACAGAAUAUUUCCGAACCCUUCGCAAUUUUGUACAUCGCUGGUCGGAUGUAGGUUGUAUCAACAAAGAAAGGUAAUAUUUUCAUAAAAAUGUUGUAUCAUUGUGAGGGUAGAGAUGAUAGAAUGUUAGCCCAUGGGGGCUUCUUUAUUGAACUUUUGCUAAUUUGUGGUA